AUGACACCUUACUUGCUCCGAGGAUGGUGUCAAGCUGAGCGGCAAUGGUCAAGCCUGCGGAUGUCAUUAGUCUCCUGCGUUCCAAUGCCACCGGACCUAUUCCGCCACAAGAUGGAGGAACAAGGUCUCCGUUUCACCCACCAUGAUGACAAGGAAGUUGUCAUGAAGCUCCAAGCUCAGGUCUUUGCAGAGAAGGUCUUGACCACCCGGCAGUUGAUGGCUGAACACUUGGACGCAGAUGCUCUUGAUGUUCUUUGUGCAGCUUUGCCAUUCUAUGCAGAUCUAGAUGAGGUCGUAGUCACCGGCAACCUAUUGCCAUUGAAUACAGCUGUGGCAGUGGCUAAGACGAAUGCACGAUCCUACCAAAUGGACUCCUGUGGACUCGGAGAUGAAGAUGUGGAACACAUCGCUGCAACGUUAUUACGUUGCAACAAGGUCGAGGAGCUGAGACUAGCACGUAACAAUAUAGGCAAGAGAGGGCUUCAAGCCUUGGGAGACUUGAGGAAAGCAAAACCGAACCUCUACAUCGAUGUCCUAUCCGACGAAGCAAAUGGCUCCGAGACCUGACAUGAAAGACAACACCCAGGGCGGCAUUUUGCCAGAUCGAUGUCACGGCUGUGGAGCAAGAUGAAGACAGCUGCCAUCGAGAUGGCCCGACCCGAACUGAUGCUUCUUUGGAAGCAACCUU